CCGCCCACGGUAGAAGGGCCUCUACCAAGAAGAGUUCGAUUCUACUGCCCUAUCCUGUAGUACUUUUCUAACCGGUUAGAAGAUAUCUCGAAACUAUGGCUGCGGAGUUGUGCUGUAGGCCGCUCUCAAAAAAAAAAAUGUAAAUAUUGUUGAAUGUUUCGUUGUUUUGACGUCUUCAAGGUUUAAUACCAUUAAACUUAAGCAAUGUGUAUGAUUUUAUAAGUUUUAUUGUUUAAGGCUUAAGAAUGAGUUUUAUUUUUGUUUUUUUGAAACGAAUUUUUGAAAGUAUGAUAAAAGUAUUAUCAUUUAGUAAACGCACCUUUACAAAUACUUUAAACAUUAACAUUAAAACUAAUACUGGUAGCACUUUAUCAGUCGAUUUGGAUCCAAAGUGGGACAUUAAAAACGUGAAAGAAAUCGUGGCUCCUCAGCUAGGAUUCGCUCCUGAGGAAUUGAAGAUAAUUUUUGCAGGAAAGGAACUUCAUGAUUCUACAGUGAUCGAAGAGUGUGACCUUGGGCAGCAGAGCAUACUGCAUGCUGUUAAGACACGCUCUCCUCCCAGCAGCAGCCCGGAGUCUCAGGAUGUAGCCAGCGAGGGCUCGCGGCCUCUGUGUGAAACGCUGAUCGACUUGCAGCUACAGGAUGUCGACCGCCGUGGGCCGGUCUCUCCAGAAGAGCGCGAGAAGAAGCGCGCCCACUUCUACGUGUACUGCGCGUCGCCGUGCCGGGGCUUGCGGCCGGGCAAGCUGCGUGUGCGCUGCGCCCACUGCAAGGGCGGGGCCAUCGUCGUGGACCGCGACCCGCAGUGCUGGGACGACGUGCUGCAGAGGCACAGGAUCACCGGCGACUGCCAGAACCAAGGAUGCGAUGAAUCUGAAGAUGGCCUCAAGUUUGCAGAGUUCUUUUUCAAAUGUGCAGAGCACGCCUCCCAAGGAGAGGACGACCAGGCAGUGCCGUUGUACCUCAUCAAGGCCAACAUUCACGAUGUGCCGUGUUUAGCCUGUACGGACAUCAGUGACCCAGUGCUGGUGUUCCCUUGCAAUGCUGGCCACGUGACGUGCCUGGACUGCUUCCGAACGUACUGCUUGUCCCGGCUGCGCGACAGGCAGUUCUGGUCGCAUCCCGAGCACGGCUACACGCUGCCGUGCCCGGCCGGCUGCGAGAAUUCCUUCGUCGCGGAGGUGCACCACUUCCGGCUCCUGCCCCCAGAGCAGUACGCCCAGUACCAGAGGUUCGGCGCGGAGGAGUACGUCCUGCAGGCGGGCGGGGUGCUGUGCCCGCGGCCCGGCUGUGGCAUGGGCAUCCUGGUGGAGCCGGAGUGCAAGAAGGUCACCUGCGUCAGCGGCUGCGGGUUUGUUUUCUGCCGUCACUGCCUGCAAGGAUACCACCUUGGUGACUGCCUGCCCGACGGAGGGCAGUCUGGGACGUCGGGAGGCUGCGAGUACAGCGUGGACCCCAGCCGAGCUGCCCAGUCGCGAUGGGAUGAUGCUAGCAAAGUGACUAUCAAGGUACUGACGAAACCAUGCCCCCAGUGUCGCACUCCAACUGAAAGAGAUGGUGGUUGCAUGCACAUGAUGUGUACGAGGCCACAGUGUGGUUUCGAGUGGUGCUGGGUGUGCCAGACAGAGUGGACCCGUGAGUGCAUGGGCAGCCAUUGGUUCGGAUAGCACGCCUCCAGCCCGUGCAGUCGGACUCUGCUGUGAGCGUUUGCGAUAUUGACGUUCUUACCAUUUUAUUCUGGAAGAAAGGAAACAGGGUUGUGAUACCAUUUUAGUAUUUUUAUAUACCUGUAAUUGCUGAAAAUAAACGUGCAAAAUUAUACAUAUCUA